AUGGGCGUAAUGGAUGAAGAGUACUUCUAUAAGGAGAAGACUGAUCUCGCUCCUGAUGAUCAAAGAGAAGCAGAUCACGUAUGCGAUAACUUGCGCAUGAAAUUUAUCAAGGAUUGGGCCUUAAACAAGAAUCUAGAUACCUAUAAAACUGAUGCAGAGAGAGAUUGGGCUUACAUAGUAAAAAGAGAAUACAGGUUCGCAGUUAAUUUAAGAUCCUUUUUCGAUGGAAUGUUUGUGGGCAAUGCAUUACAACUUUUGGUCAGCUGGAGACGCAAGAAGCUUGUCUUCACCCCAUUAUUUAUGGCUUGGCCUGUAGUUUAUUAUUGGCAAAUCGGCAAAAGAUUCAGCCAGCAUAAUAGAAGAUUUUUUGAGAUGCUCAAUGUGGGGACUGAAUUUGAGCUUGGAGCAGAGAGAAAUCGCGUUCUAGAAGAAUGCAAUCGUAUUGCCCGCAGGGCGGACUUUUAA